CAUCAGGCAAAUACCAGCAAACACCGGGCUGCUGGCCGUGGCUGGGAACGUUCAGCAGAAUGGAGACAUUGUUAGAAUCGGCGCUUGUUCUGCGCGCCCUGGUUGUAAUCGGGGGUUUCACUGUUCUAUUUUAUUGCUGUAAAUUCACGUGGAAAUGCUGGCGCGGCUUUCGGGUUUACGUGCUGUCAGAGUACUGGCGAGCGGAUCUGAGAGCUUAUGGACAGUGGGCCGUUGUUACUGGGGCAACCUCUGGAAUUGGAAAAGCUUAUGCUAUGGAGUUGGCCAGCAGAGGACUGGAUGUGGUUCUGGUCAGCAGGUCAGAAGGGAAGCUGCAGGCUGUUGCCAAGGAGAUAGAGAGUAUGUAUGGAAGACAGACUCGGAUCAUCCAGACAGAUUUCACAGAGGGGCCGCAGAUCUAUCCUCGCAUCGCAGAGAAGCUGCAGGGCUUGGAGAUCGGCAUUCUGGUAAACAACGUGGGUAUGAACUAUGCAGGAAUGUUGGUCAGCUUUUUGGACGUUCCGGACCCUGAGCAGAGAAUAACUCAGGUCAUCAACUGUAACAUCCUGUCCGUCACCCAGAUGAGCCGACUUGUUCUUCCACACAUGGCGGAAAGGUGUAAAGGGCUGAUCAUUAACGUGUCCUCAGAGGCUGCCUCUGCGCCUCAGCCCCUGCUCACCCUCUACUCGGCCACCAAGAUCUUCGUGACCUACUUCUCCAGAUGCCUCAACUCGGAGUACAGAUCCCAGGGGAUCACAGUGCAGUGUGUGACUCCCUUCAUCGUAUCCACCAACAUGACCUACAACAUCGAGGUGGGGGCCUUUGUGAAGAGCGCAUCAGCCUACGCCCACGAGGCCCUCAACACCGUGGGCUACUCCAGCUUCACCAGCGGCUGCGUGCUACACGCCCUGCAGCACUUUGCAUUCUCCAUCCUCUUCCCCGAAUGGAUUCGUCUGUCCUCGUUCUCCGUGAGGCAGAUGGAGCGAUUCGCCCGGAGCCACCAGCAGCAGAUCGAGGCCAUGAUACAGGAGUCGCAGAAGAAGCAGAGUUAAAGGCGGCAGCUUCGUGGCGUUCGACGAGCCGGCAGAAAGACGUCGAAGUGGCUUUGAGGGUGGAGCUCUAGCAUGUGACCCUGUCUGCGAUGACACCACCUUUGACCCCAUAAUAUGCAUAAGCACUUCAAAUAAGGUUGUCACGGAAAAAUCACAUAACCUGAAACGAAUGCUGAGCAACUCACUGUUAGUCCACCACAGUGCUGUAGUGUAUUUUUAUACUCAAUAAAUGGAAGUAUUUUUGCGCAUGGC